UACUUUCAGUUGUGUAACUUCAUCUCUCCGACCAACAACCCGGAUUUUAGGACAGUCGGUGCAGAGGGUGAAAAAAACAUACAACAACAACAGGGGAUGCUACCCAAGAAACCAGUGUUCAACGUCUUAGAUGGGAGCUUAACAGGUUUGCAGUACGACGUGCGUGAAUGUGUGCAGCAGCGAAAACCGACCGGGAAUCUGACGUAUUUCUCGGCAUUUCAUUUUCUCUCUCGCCACAUAUCACCACGUCUUUAGAAUGGUUCUCUUGUGCGCUACAUAGUCAAUAGUGCGCAUGUCACUGUCUACUUCUGCCUGCCACUGCUGCUGGCAUUGCUUUGCUAGUGAGUGCUAGCGCUGCCGUCGUCUACCACACCGAGCUCGGCAUUGUGCAUCCGAGCCGUGGAAACCAGCAAUCUUUGACGACGCCGAUAUAUACUCGGAGCGACUGAGAGUCCUGCCUUUAGUGCGCUGUGUGCCUGUCCACUGUGAAGUCUAGCGUUUACAAUUCGUUUGCGGACACAGUGCAACGUAACUAUGGAACAUCAUCACUUUCAUUACAAUCAGCAGCAGCAUCACCAACACAGUCAACCGGAGCAUGAACUCGAGUUGGAAGAAUGGCACCAACAACUCGAUCUGGAGCAUCACAUUCGACACUGUCAGUGCUCCUGUAAUCACAUGGGCUACGGCAACUACUGGAGUUACAAGGACAAUUUGGACAAAAUCGGGGACGAGCUUCACAUGACAUCUAAUUUCGUCAAAUCACAGCCGAGGAGUUCUCCUGGGAGUUUUAUCGGACGGUCAGAGUUCUCCUCUCGCACACCGGCUGGUUAUUACGGUCAAAACGGAGGCGGCACAAUUCCUAGGAGCCAUCGGCGACCGACGCAACAUUAUUCAACGGCUGCAAUUGCCGAAAGUAAUUUUCUAACGCCAUCCAGUCAAACCUAUUCUCUGGUUCCUCCUCGCCGACCUGGGCAGCAUCCUCUCAAUGGCUCAGCUUCGAUGGUUGCUGAACCCAGUCUGGAUGCUGACGAUUUGAUGAACGACGAUAGUGACUCGGCGUCACAGUCUAGUCGACCAGCAGCAGAAGUUGGCGGCAAGCAAUGGUGCAUCCUCUGCAUGGCUCUCUUAGUUGCACUGGGCACGGGAGUCGGCGUCGGCCUCCCAUUGGCCUUACGAUCCGGUUCGUCUCUGCAAGAACGACUCAUCGCCGCUCAGAACAUUUUGGCUCAAGUGCCUCUCAUCGACGGCCACAACGACAUGCCGUGGAACAUCCGCAAAUUUGCUGGUGGCAAGCUCAACACGCUAAGGGCCCUGGAAACUGGCCUUCAACAUCUUGACCCGUGGUCCAAGAGUGCCUGGUCGCAUACAGAUUUGCCUAGGCUAAGAGAAGGACGUGUCGGUGCCCAGUUUUGGGCGGCUUACGUUCCCUGUGGUGCCCAGUACUUGGACGCCGUCAAACAAACAUUGGAACAGAUCGAUUUGAUCAAGCGCAUGGUUGAUCGAUACUCGGACUAUCUUCGAUUAGCCGUCGAUGCUAAAGGCAUUGAAGAAUCGCAUCAGGAAGGAAGGAUAGCCAGCUUAUUGGGCGUUGAAGGUGGCCACUCUCUGGGCAACAGCCUUGGUGUUUUACGCACCUACUACGACCUAGGAAUCCGUUACGUCACGCUCACCCAUACGUGCAACACUCCAUGGGCAGACUGUUCCAUCGCCGAAGCCGAUCCGCAUCAUCCGCGCGAAGGAGGACUCACCCAUUUUGGGAAGUUGGUGAUCAAAGAAAUGAACAGACUCGGCGUCAUAGUGGAUCUGUCUCACGCCUCGUCAACCACCAUGCACCACGCACUGGACGCCAGCCGAGCUCCCGUCAUCUUCUCUCAUUCAUCGACGAGGGCCCUGUGCAAUAUAACUCGCAACGUACCAGACGAAGUCCUCAAAAGAUUGGUGACCAACGGGGGAAUAGUGAUGGUGAGCUUCUUCAGCCUCUUCGUCAGCUGUAACAAGACAAGCACCAUCCCGGAUGUCGUUGCGCACAUCAAUCACAUCCGGCGUGUCGCUGGAAUCGAUCACGUUGGCAUUGGAGCAGGUUACGACGGCAUCAACACGACACCUCAAGGACUGGAGGAUGUUUCCAAGUACCCGUACCUUUUCGCCGAACUGUUGCAAGAUCCAACGUGGUCGGAGGAGGAUCUGAGAAAACUGGCUGGAUUAAACUUUCUCAGAGUGUUUCGGCAAGUCGAAAAGGUUCGAGAGGAUCUUCGACGAGCCAAUACCUUAGCUGACGAGACGUCCAUCACCAACGAAGAGCUUAAAGGGCAAUUGCAGUGCAUCUACCAGGAAAGGAGCGCUGUGCAGUCGGUCGUCACUUGAUGAGUGCACCCUCUUUGAAUACAGAUUAUACCCCAUUUACGUUUCUCAAACCAUUGUCUCUAUUGCCACCCGCCCCAUCAGCAAACAUUAUUUUUUCCUAAAUCCUCUCCUACCACCUUCUAGCCAACUGAUGGGAAAUUAAUGUAAGGCCAUGCAUUUUCCAAGGAGAUGAAAUAACAUGAUCCUUAUUCACUCACUCCCUUUCAUCCGCCUUUCGUUUCAGAUUGUAUUUAUACCUUUAUUUACGUUGCGUUAUUGUUGUUAUACUAUUACCGUUGUAUUGCCUCUGUUGUUGAGCGUCACCUGAAAUAAGUAAAGUACGCGUGUAACAGGAGAUGCAGCAAUGAGGAGAAAUAUUGUCCUACGGAUAGGUUCUUUUCGUUUGCCAUACAAUCCCCUUGACAAACAAUCACGACAGCGCUAUCGUGCCGUGGAAUUUUAUAUUCCAUGUUUUCCUGAUUGUCUAAGUCCCAUUUUGUUUCUCGUAUUAUUUUACAUUUCUUUGUUGCCAUCUGUUUGUGUCGAAACAUGUUUUUCUGCCUACUGUGUAGGCGCGGACAAGUAUGUGAAUAUCUUUUUGUAUUGCGAUGAACAUUUCGGUUGACAUAAACGGUUGGAAUUUUA